AUGGACUAUUGUAUGAUCUUACUGAAGAACCCUGGUAGAGAGACCUGGGUUUCAAUCUGAUUGGUUGACGAUGGCGUGUCGUGCUUCUCGUCUGCAGCGUGGACGGUGUGUUGGGCCUGUACGCCGUGACGCUGGAGGUGGAGUCUGACGGAGUGAGCGCGGAGCAGCUGGAUUACCUGACGCUGCUGUCCAACCAGGUGGAGAGCUGGUACAGGGAGGUGGAGGAACGCCCCACCAUGGUCUACAGCAUCACGGACGUCCAGAACUUCAUCACCGAGGCGCUGCAGAGGGAGAGCGACCUCGGCAACGCCACCCUGGGCCUGCACGACUCCCUGCAGCUGGAGAGCGUGGCAGGGUCUCUCUCGCCCGGCUCCUUCCAACCGACCGCCGAACCCUCCACGUUUGACGACAUGAACAACGUCCUGGCCGCAGAGAGACCCCCGGGUGACCCGGAAGGAGACGGCGAUGACCUCACCAAUGACGACUUCCUGUUUGACCCGGCGCUGACCUUUGACCCUUCGGUGGGUCCUGACAGCCGAGCGGCGACGGGGGGCGACAAUGACGUCAUCGUCCUGGAGGAGAGCGAGACGCUGCUGCUCCUGCCCGACCAGACGAUGGAGAAGGUGGAGGAGGAGCGGGCCCCCUCCACCACGGCCCUGCCCCCCCCCGAGGCCAUCGAGGACGAGGGCCUGUUGGUGGAGAACACUGUGGACACUGCCACCCCCCCUGCUUGGGCCCCCCCAGCAGACGACCUUCCUUGGGACACAGCCGACCCCGAGCCUCCGGAAGACCCCACCUUAGCUGAGCCUCCCCUGGAGAUUGAGGCCUCCGGCUCUGGGGCCGACCUGGAUGACCUGCCCUUCACCUCCACCACGGAGGAAACCCCUGCAGAGGAGGAUACCACAGAAGAAGACACCGCCCCCAGAGAGGUGAUCAUAGAAAAAGAGGAAGGAGAACCUCUCCCAGGCGGUACCACAGAAGAAGAAGCCGGUCAGGAGGAAGCUGACACGUCAGAGGAGCUGGAGGUCUCCACCAUAACGACAGAGACCGUAGAAGAAGAUGAAGCAGCUGCUGCCUUCGUUCCCAUAGCGACCCAGACCCAGGAGGCACCUGUGUUGGUGGAGCCUCUGGAGCCUGUGGUAGGUGAAGAGAUCGGCCUGCUUCCUGACACGGUGGAGGACCCCUCAGGCGUGGAGAUCUCCUCGCCCCCGGAGCCUGAGCCCGGUCUGGGGUCCAAUGAGGUGCUGCCCUACCCUGACACACCCUGGGAGGAACAGGAGGAAGACGUGGAGGUGGAAGAACCGAUCAUGACGGUGCUUACCGUGGCACCUCCAGUGGUAGAACCAAUAGUGGAGGACGUUGUUGAGGUGGUGAUUGAGGAAGGGCCUGAGGAGGAGGAGGAGGAGGGGCCGGAAGAAGAGGAUCCAGAGGAGUCACAGGGAGAGGCGUCUGUUGAAGCUCCAGAGGAAGAGAUCUCUGAAGAGGAUCUGGUGGAGGAUGAGAUCCUAUUGGUUGACGAGCCCGCCCAGGAUAUGCCGGUGGCGUACACCCUGAGCCCAGCCCAUCCAACGCUCCUGUCUCCUGAGAGGGAGUCACCCUUCACUCGCGUCUCUGACAUCUUGGUGGAGGAGGAGGAGGAGGAGGAGUCUGUUGCCAUGGCGACAGAGGCCCCGUUACCUGGCGUAGAGAUCACAAUAGAGGUCCACACGUCUGAGCCUAGCCGGGCUGACGUCACAGGGGCAGACCUGGGCUACGAGGUGAUCCUGUACGGGGGAGCGAACCACACAGAUGAUGGGAGCAGUGGGUUCCCCUCUGGGGCUCCACAUGGUACGGACCAGGCCAGCAUCGCCAUGCCCGCCAACCCUGGCAGAGCCCUGAUGGUCUUCUUCAGCCUGAGGGUCACCAACAUGAUGUUCUCUGAUGACCUCUUCAAUAAAAGUUCCCCGGAGUACAAGGCCCUGGAACAAAGGUUCCUAGAGCUGCUGGUUCCCUACCUGCAGUCCAACCUCAGUAACUUCCAGAACCUGGAGAUCCUUAACUUCCGAAAAGGCAGCAUUGUGGUGAACAGCCGUAUGAAGUUCGGCAAGCCGGUCCCUCAUGGCGUCAACACCGCCGUGUACCUCAUCCUGGAGGACUUCUGUAACACGGCCUACCAAACCAUGAACCUGGCCAUCGACAAGUACUCUCUGGACGUGGAGUCAGGAGACCAGGCAGACCCCUGCAAAUUCCAGGCGUGUAACGAGUUUGCGCAGUGCUCGGUGAACCGGUGGUCGGGAGAGGCGGAGUGCGUGUGCAACGCUGGCUACUUCAGCGUGGACGGCCUGCCCUGUCAGAGCAUCUGUGAGCUGCAGACAGACUUCUGCCUCAACGAUGGCAAAUGUGACAUCAUCCCAGGCAAGGGGGCCAUCUGCAGGUGUCGUGUCGGGGAGAACUGGUGGUACCGAGGAGAACACUGUGAGGAGUACGUGUCAGAACCGUUGGUGGUUGGCAUAGCAAUCGCCUCUGUUGCCGGCUUCCUAUUGGUCGCCUCAGGAGUGAUAUUCUUCUUGGCUCGUACGCUGAGAGACCAGUAUGAUAAAGACGAAGCAGAAGACCCCAUACGGCGAGGGGAGAGCAUCCCGUCUCUGGAGAGGGCCACCAAGUACAACCCCAUGUACGAGAGCGAGGCCACGACGGGCUACAGCCACUACUACCGCCGUUACCCAGAAGCCCCGGCGUGCAGCAGUGGCAGCGCCGAGGCCUCCACCGACUUCAGCAGCGAGGAGAUUCGCCACAUUUACGAGAACAGCGAACUCACCAAGGAGGAAAUCCAGGACAGGAUACGCAUCAUCGAGCUGUACGCCAAAGAUCGCCAGUUUGCAGACUUUGUGCGACAGCAUCAAGUAUCGCUUGACACACGCAGAGAGAGCUUGUCCACGUAGACAAGCAUGUGAGGAGUGAACCAUAAGAAACCUGCCUUUGUCUUUGAAGAGCGAAACCUUUGUGACCUCUGUUGCCAUGGGCGCUAGAAGGUGAACGGUACCACACUCCUAGGGGUCGUGGGGUCAUGACCCCUGGUCAACUUUCAAAUCAGGGUGAAGUGGUCACAUGAUGUCAUGUGUCCGAUCGCUUCUCUGUGAAGCAUCUUAGAAUACGGCAGUUUGGCUGAGGCUUUUUUGUAAACAUA